CAAACCAUUUUCUUUCUUUAUUUCUUUGUUUUACUCUAUCCAAUGGUUCCGACUGUGCACCCUUCAUCAUCAUCUUGUCUUACAAGUGAAGCAGAUGAAAAGUACGCAAAUGUAAACUGGGAAGAGCUUGGAUUCACUCUGAUUCCAACAGAUUAUAUGUAUGUGGCGAAAUGCAAACAAGGAGAGAGCUUUUCAGAAGGGAAGAUUGUUCCUUACGGGGACAUUUCAAUAAGCCCUAGUGCUGGGAUUCUCAACUAUGGCCAGGGACUAUUUGAAGGUCUCAAGGCUUACAGGACACAAAUGGGACGGAUCACACUCUUUCGCCCUGAACAAAACGCUCUUCGUAUGCAAAUGGGUGCGGAUAGGCUUUGUAUGACACCUCCUUCCGUUGACCAGUUCGUCGAGGCAGUUAAGCAAACUGUGAUUGCCAACAAGAAAUGGGUUCCUCCUCUGGGUAAAGGAACUUUGUACAUUAGGCCUCUGCUCAUAGGGAGUGGUGCGGUCCUUGGAAUAGCUUCAGCACCUGAAUACAUGUUCGUUGUUUACGUAUCUCCCGUUGGAAAUUAUCAUAAGGUCAGCUCAGGCUUAAACCUCAAAGUUGAUCAUACGUAUCGACGUGCCCAUACCGGUGGAACUGGCGGUGUAAAGAGCUGCACAAACUAUUCUCCAGUUGUGAAAUCGUUGCGUGAAGCAAAGUCAGCGGGUUUCUCUGAUGUUUUGUUUCUGGAUGCGGCAACUGGCAGAAACAUCGAAGAGGUUUCUACUUGUAACAUCUUCGUUGUCAAGGAAAAUAUUAUGUCUACUCCACCAAUUUCAGGAACUAUUUUACCAGGAAUCACAAGGAAAAGCAUAAGCGAACUUGCCCGUGAUAUUGGCUACCAGGUUCAAGAACGUGAUGUUUCUGUGGAUGAGCUAUUAGAGGCGGAAGAAGUAUUCUGUAAAGGAACUGCAGUGGUCGUUAGAGCUGUUGAAAGUGUGACCUUUUAUGAGACAAAGAUAAAAUACAUAACAGGAGAAAAUGCAUUGUCUACGAAGCUUCACGUCAUGUUAACCAAUAUUCAAAUGGGCGUUGUUGAAGAUACGAAGGAUUGGAUGGUAGAGAUCAAUGAUACAAUUGGAAUAGAUACGUUUCUUAAUUAAAAAAAAAAGUAAGAAAGUGGGGGAAAAGAAGAACAAAGAAUAAAGGAAUCAAACAAUAAAAAAUGGAAAGCGUGGAAGAAUUGGAAGAAAAGUUUGCUAUAUUUUAAAGAGAAAUCGCUCUGUAAAAAGCUCUUGUUUAAGAGUUUAAAUCGUCAAUAAAAUAUAAAUUAAAAGAGUUUUUUAUAAGUAAUGUAAGGAUGCAACUAUGUUUUCACUAAUAAUAUGAGGAGGUUUUUUUUUUAUAAAAAAGGUUUUAUGACUAUUAUAUUUUUUCUUUGACAUCAAAACACUAUUUUCUUACUCAAAUUUGAAAUUUGAGAUGUUUUGCAAAAUUAAAUUGGAAUAUACCAACCCAUAAAAGCAAAACUUUAUCAAAAGAUCUUGCAGUCUGUGCUUAAAAAUUUGCAGUGGAAUUGACGACACGAGGUACUCGUGUAGGAAAUGGAGAAUGAUUGAAAGUGCCUUUGGAGCCUAAAAUUUUCUUUAAGCUUGUUGAGAAGUUGUCUGUGGAGAAUUUGUGCCAUUUUCCGUGAUUUUAAAUCAUGGCAAUCAUACUUGGCAGUCUGCUGAUAUGACAUAUGUCAAUGAUGGACUAGCCGAUUGACCGGACGAUGGCGAGGACGUGUCUGAUGGAUGGGUCGAGAAGAGGGCUCAAAUGAAUCAAGAUGGACCUGAUCUCAAUUUGGAAAUUGGUGGGUCUUCUUAACGAUCAUGUGGGACAUAAGAAACAUUUUGAUCAAGCUAGAAAUGAAGUGGAUCGAGACCAAAAUGAUGAUGGUCGAGUUAAGGCCUUCUCGGCCUAAGAAAUAAUUGUUGACCAUGAUGAUCCCAUUUGUUUUCUGACUGGGUCUAUGAGAACAUUGAGAAGAUAUAAAACCAAACAACUUAAAGAGGAAUUGGACACCUGCCCCAGUCUAUUGAAAAUGAAGAAUCAUCUUUUGGUCGAGUCAAUGGGACAGCUUUGCUAUUCAACAUCUCGUUUUCCUGAGUUUAAGGCUUGACAUUUUUCCUUUCAAGUCUUUCUAGUUUUUCUACAUUCUUAUUAUGUGUUCACGCUUUUUCUUUCCUACAUAAACCUUUGAAGGUGUUUCUUUUGAAAUUAACCAUCAUGUUUCAAUCAAAAUCCUUUUUACAAUUUGGUGGUUCAUUUGUUCUUGACGUACAACUUGGUUGUGAGGUGUGUGAACCUGAAGCAACCAACAACUUAUCAUGUUGACUUGGUGAGUUAUAUCCAUAGACAAGAGAGUGGGUGAAUCCAGGGUCUUUGGCGCCCUAAUAUAACUCAUUUAGUCCAUUUAUCACCCGAAAUAAGCUAGUAGCUACUCAGCUCAUACUAUCUUUCCGCUCCAACCAAAAUCAGGGUGGCCGAGUCCUGGGCAAGGUUUUAUCAGGUUGCAUUAGAGCACCACUCUAAAUAUCUGUACCAUUUGGUUUAGUUUUCAUUCUCAUUUCAAAAUUCAAUUCAUUCUUAUCUAUCUAUCUGAUUGAAAGUGAGCCGACCGUGUUAAAAGAAAAGAUCAAAAGAAAAGUUUAAAACAAAAUUACUUCAAAGACCGAUUUGUUGAUUUUUUCGUAAGUCAAAUGAUUGGUUAGCGAAGACUCAACAUGAAUGUUCUGGCUCAAGAUGUCAACCUUCUUGUUAAUUAUGAAAAUGUCUUAAAUAUCCGUGUACAAGGAAAAAGUCUUAUACCUUCUUGCCAGAUACGCUUUUUAGGAUCAGGAAAAUUACAUUUUCUAAAAUUACAUUUUCUAGGAUAAGUAUAUUUUCAUAAAGGGAAAAAGAAAUUGAGAAUUGUGGCUACUAUAAAUAUAGGUCAAAAAAAUUUUAAAUUAUUUAUUUCACAUAAUGAAUAUACAAACGUAAACGGGUAUUUAUCUCAGAUCGUUUUGUUUUUUUUUUCAUUUUUUAAAGUUAGUUCGCGUUCGUUCAUAACACUUCUUCUUCUUCGUAUCCUUGAUCACCUCACCAUUUACAACAUUAUGAACAUUAUCGCUUUUUAUGUUGGUGUUGUAGCCUACAUCAAAUCAAAGUAGUUCAAACAUGCACUUCAAGUUUCUAUUUUCCUAAUUUUUUUAUUUUUUAUAUAUAUAUAACUGUUACGUUUAUAAAUCAAUAACAUGAACACUCACUACAAAAAAAAAAAUAGUGAACUGAAUCACUUAAGUUGUGUCAUAAAAAUAAGUGAUACUAUUUUACAUUACUUAUUCUCAAAUGAAAUAAAUAUCCAUAAUUUAAAAUCAGUUAUAACAAUUGACGUUUUUAUGAAUUGAUUUAACAUCAGUUUAAUUAAAUGAUAUAAUUCUUACUAAUUUGUAUCAUUUUAACGGAACUGAUAUUAUUUUAAUAUUUUAAAUCGCUUAAAUAACUGAUACAUGUGUUUAUUUUUGGCUAACGUCAUUUGUUAGAAUGUUACAAAACUUACGUCAAUAAAUAACUGAUACAAACAAAAUAGAUUUUCUUUUUGUUAUUUUACCUUAGUUUGCAUCAUUUUUUUUUACUCAACUAGAAUUUGAUUAAACAGAUGAAAUGAAACUUACAAACAUAAUGCCAAUACUCAGACAAACAAAGCCCGAAUGAUUUACAGGAACCUACACCCAAUAGAUUUAUGGGAACAACACUAUCGUACCAACUUGAGACAAAAGAGAGACUAAUCACUAGAGGGUCUCCAAAUCCAUAAUACUCAAACAUACUAUUUUCACAUCGCCAACAGAGCUGAAAGACAAGAGCUCGAGUAGAACCACACUGCUACAAAGCGGAGAGUGAACACCAAGAACCCCACCAGACUCUAAAUGGCCGAGAUAGUUGCAACAUAACAAAGAGCAAAGGCAGAAACUUCACCACGACCAUUAUCAAGAGGAGCCAAAACCGAAAACAAGCUCAAGCACAAGAUAAAAACCUUGAACUCUGACCGGGAAAAUGCCUUCCAAGACCUCCAAUUCUUACACGCGGACCCUCGCAUCCCAAACUCAGCCAUCUACCGACUGAAGAACGGCCACCUCCUCGCAAGAGAAGAACUGAAGGACGGAACCACUGCGACGCUAGUAACCCCACUAGAAACACACAGCUUCUAGGAAGAGAGAGUAGAUGCUCCCGCAACAAGACCACAACCAAAAGACGAACCACAAACCAGACUUGAACCAACUCCUAGCAUAGCAACCUUGAUACGGAUAAGAAGAAAAGCCGAGCACAUGAACAAGACCAGGCCAAACCAACUAGGAAUCUGUUAUAGAAACUAAAGCCGGAACAUCUAGCCCCGCCAAAACAAACCCGUUGCUAAAGACACAACAGACACCAACCGGAAAGACCAACACCAGCGAUCAACUCCAAAACCACCGCCAAGACCAUGACGCUACAAGACCAUCCGAUAUACCAACCCAAACAAGCACGAAGGAAUCCGAGACACGACUCGAUAAGGGACCACCAUGAACCGGCGGCUGACCCAACCAACUAGCCACACGACUUCCAAGAAGACCGUGACCCGACACAAGCUCCUCGAACCAAAGCCUUCCGCCUAACUAGAAAUACACCCUAACAUAAUCUAAAUACGAGAUCUACAGAGAUGAACGGUUGAAGGGAGAAAUAGGGAGGAGAGGAUAAGGUGAUGAACAGUUUUUGGAAGUUGUGUUACGUUUUUGCAUAGUUUGCAUCAUUUAAAAUAUUUGUUCUAUUAUAAAACAUUUAAAGAAAUAUCAGCCAAACUUACGUGAAAUUAGUUACGAUUUCUGCGAUUUUGUUUUUUUUAAUGGUUUUAAUAGAUUAGAUUGACCCAUGUUCUUCCAUAACUGCUUCAUGAUCUCAAAAAAAUCACAUUAUCUGUCAAUAUUCUCACUCAUCUGUUCGUGUUGCUUCUCAGUUUCCUCAACUUUUUUAUAAGUUCCAAAUUUAUUGUUCUAGGCUACUUGAUAAGAAAAAUUCACACAUAUGUAUAAUACCUGCGAUGAAUUACUUCUCUAGUAGUCAAGCAUUUUUUAUGGGUCAUGAUGAUAAUGAUUAUAUUUUUUCUUAUGCAGGGUUUGAAAGUAAAAAAGUAAAGAAGAAUCUGCUAACUGGACGAAUCUGAUAAAAAAAAUCUGAAAAGAAUUCAUUCUUUUCUGUGGCAAAUGAAGAAUCACUUGCAUAUUUAAAAGAGUAGAAGUCUCGGAAAAAAACAGAUGAUGGAAAAUUCUUCAAUAAAUCAAUUGAGUUUCAGGCUACAAAUGGAGACCGAAGAUGAAGAUAAAAAAAGAAGAAUUCUUUUUAAUUUACAAUCCUUUUCUCUACAUGAAUUCAAGUUCUUUCAUCUUCAUGCUUUUUGUGGAGUCUAUGUAUUUUUUUUCUUGUUCUUCAGAUUAUCGUCAAUGAAAAAUAGUUUUUGGAAAAGCAUUUUCCUUUCUAAGCCAAACGUUCAAAUGGUAAAGUACAUUUACUCGACAAUUAUAAAUUACACAAUUAUUAAAAUAUUAAUUUAAAAAAUUAAAAUUAGUUUAUAUCAGUUAUUGUUAAAUUAUAGAAAUAAUUAAAAUCAUUUGCUUUAAUUGACACAAAACUAACAUCAUUUAAAAACUGAUGUAGAUUUUAAUAUCAUUUU